AUGACGGCUUCAACUGCAUCUACGAUCUCAUGCCCGCUUUGUAACGCUUCUCACUAUGUAAAUAAAUGCGCUCAAUUUUUGAACCGGAGUCCGAGUCAACGAGUGGAGGUAGUCAAACAGGCAAAGCGCUGUCUGAACUGUCUAAGUACGAAGCACGCCACUCAAUCUUGCCCGAGCAAGUAUUCAUGUCGGACAUGUCAAAAACGACAUCACACUCUCCUUCACGUUGACCCGGGUUCCGUGUCUGCGGUCACCGCCGUCGCUCCAAACGCGUCGACGCUCUCCGAAACGACGGAAGUCUCAACUGCAAUUUCGAUGUCCGCGGCUUGCGAUUUCCAAUCUCGACCGCCGGUGUUUCUUGCCACCGCACAAAUUCUUGUAACUUCCCCCCUCGGUCGAACGCGCACCGUUCGCGCUCUCCUCGACCCUGGAUCGGAACUUACGCUCAUUUCAGAACGUUUAAGUCGGGAAUUGAAAUUGCGGCGCCUUCGUCUACCUGUCUCGAUUUCCGGGGUCGGAUGCGUGGAUGCCGGAUCGUGUAGAUACGCCGCUAAAUUCGAAAUCUCGUCGAUAUAUUCGCCCGAGCCGGCUUUUUCAGUCAUUGCGACUAUCAUGCGCUCACUCACACCAUAUUCUCCGUCGCGCGCCGCGUCUCAAGGGUCGUGGAGUCAUUUAGACGGCCUCUCGCUGGCCGACUCAGAUCCAACAAGCGCCGCGCCGAUUGAAGUUAUCAUCGGUGCCGAUCUCUACGGUGAGAUUCUCCUCGAUGGCCGUCGGAAGGGAGAAUUCGGUCAGCCUUACGCGCAGAACACCAUCUUUGGAUGGGUACUCUCCGGACCGACGUCCUCUUCGCCGUUCCUCUCGUCGGCAUCCGUUCAUUGUUGCUCGCAAGUAACGUGCUCACGCGGUGAUUCGCCCACCCUUGACCAGGCAUUGAGACGAUUCUGGGAAGUGGAGGAGAUUCCGCGGAAGGUGGUACUCACUCCGGACGAGUUACAGUGCGAGGAGCAUUUUCUUAAAACGCAUUCGCGUUGCUCUGAUGGGCGGUACAUCGUCCGUCUACCAUUCAAAAAUGGUUCGCCGAUCAAAAUCGGAUCAUCUCGCGGCACCGCUGCUCGCUGUCUCAGCAGCUUACUUCGUCGAUUUCAAAAAUCGCCGGAUCUUCAGAAGGAGUAUUCGGAAUUUUUACGCGAAUAUGAAGAGAUGGGGCACAUGCGGGAGUCGCCUCCGCUCUCCGAAUUGUCUCAAUGCGUAUUCAUUCCUCAUCAUCCUGUCAUCCGCGACGGAAGUAGCACUACGCGUCUCAGGGUAGUAUUUAAUGCAUCGAGCAUUACCUCCAACGCGACCUCACUAAAUGACCAUAUGUUGGCUGGACCGAAGCUUCAGACCGAGUUAACCGCGGUUAUUUUGCGUUGGCGUCAAUUCAGAUACGUUUAUUCAGCGGACAUCGCAAAAAUGUAUCGACAAAUUCUUGUCGAUCCGCGGGACGUGAAUUAUCAACGCAUUCUUUGGUGCAAAAGCGAUUCUAGUUGCCCUCGCGAAUAUAAAUUACUCACGGUCACAUACGGAACCGCGGCCGCUCCGUUCCUGGCGCUUCGAGUACUGCGCCAACUUCUCUACGAUGAAGGACCGGCAUUUCCUCUCGCCAUGUCAGUCCUUCAGGAUAACAUAUACGUCGAUGACGUGCUCUUUGGCGCCGAUGACAUUCCGCUCCUGCGUCAGACGCGCGAUCAGACGUGCGCGGUGUUGGGCCGGGGCGGGUUUCGGUUGCGAAAAUGGUCAAGCAACUCCUCUCGACUGCUCGACGACAUUCCUGAAGAGAAUCACGGUCUCGCCUGUAGCAAAACUCUGCAGGAAGACGAGCAGCUGAAAAUUCUGGGAAUUAGCUGGAGUCCGUCGCAGGACGCGUUUCAAUUCCGCACGCUGUGGCAAAUCCGCGUCGACUGGGAUGAGGAUAUUAAUGCUAGUCUAGGCGAUGAGUGGUUGUCGAUCGAGAACUCUCUCAAGGCCAUCGAUGGCCUCCUCAUUGAUCGGUGGAUACGGAAGGGUGCGGACACCGUCAUGUGCGAAGUACACGGAUUUUCAGACGCGUCUCAGAAAGCCUACGCGACCGCCGUAUACAUUCGCUUAGCCUCGUUAUCGGGCGAACGGUCGUCGAUGCUGCUUCUCAGCAAAUCGAAAGUUGUGCCAAUAAAACCGUGGAGCGUACCACGACUGGAACUGGCUGCGGCCGUGUUACUCUCGCGCCUUGUGGAAUUUACACUAGAGUCACUGCGGCUUCCCGCCACGACUCCGUGUUACUGUUGGACGGAUUCCAUAGUGGUUCUCGCCUGGGUGACUCAACACCCGUCGCGGUGGAGGACGUUUGUCUCAAAUCGUGUCGCCGAUAUUCAAACCCGCCUCCCUAAUGCCGCUUGGCGGCACGUCUCCACUGAUGACAAUCCCGCUGAUUGCGCGUCUCGCGGCAUUCUCGGGAGUCAGCUCGCGUCACACGAUCUCUGGUGGAGUGGUCCGUCGUGGUUGCGUCUCGCCAGCUCUGACUGGCCAUCGCCGAUCGCCCCCACUCCUGCCGGAGAGCUACCCGAACAAAGAUCUGAGAAAACCGUGAACCUGGUCGAGCAGCUGGAGCCAUGGGAUCUUGCUUCGCGAUAUUCGUCAUGGCCGAAACUGCUCCGGGUCACGGCAUACAUCCUGCGGUUUGUGUCUCGUGAUCGCUCCUUGCCGCGCGGAAUUCAGCGGGACGGGUCUCUCUCUCUCUCCGCUGGCGAGAUCCGGUACGCUCGAGUCUUUUGGCUGAAAUAUAUUCAGAGAGAUUCAUUUCCACUCGACCGGCACGCUCUUCGGUCAGGAAAACCUCUCGCCUCGAAAAGCAGUCUCAAUCUGCUCACUCCGUUCCUCGACGAAGAGGAACUAAUUCGCGUUGGCGGGCGGCUCGCUCAUGCCCCGCUCCCGUUCACCACCAAACAUCCUAUUGUGCUAACAUCUCACCCGUUGGUUGAGUUGAUCGUGCAGAACGCUCAUUUGCGAUCACUCCAUGCUGGCACUCAACUGACUCUCAAUGUGCUGCGGCAGGAAUUCUGGCUGCUUCGUGGACGCAGUGUCGUCAGAGCCGCGAUUCAUAAGUGCGUUGUAUGCGCACACGAACGCGCCGCGAUUCCGACACAACUCAUGGGAAAUCUCCCUCAAGUGCGAGUGUCACCUCCUUCGCGCGCCUUCCUGAGUUGCGGCCUGGACUAUGCUGAACCCAUUCUCAUCCGAUCUAUGUCCGGUCGUGGAAUCGCGUCGCGCAAGGCAUACAUUGUCAUAUUCAUCUGCAUGGCCACUCGUGCCGCCCAUCUGGAGAUUGUAGACGGGUACGCCACUCCUGCGUUUCUAGCGGCAUAUGCCAGGUUCGUUGCUCGACGGGGUCUUCCUAAGUCCAUCUACUCGGACAACGGAACCACGUUCGUCGGCGCCGACCGAGAAAUGACGAUCGCCUUUCGCGCAGCGCUGCGCAACUCGGAUUUUCUAAAUCGAGUCGCCACCGACAACACCAGCUGGCACUUCAUACCUCCGUCCGCGCCUCACUUCGGCGGUCUCUGGGAGGCGGGGGUGCGAAGUGUCAAGCAUCAUCUCCGUCGCGUGAUAGGAGCUCAUACGCUAACAUACGAGGAGAUGUCCACUCUCCUCUGUGGCAUCGAAGCAUGCCUCAACUCAAGGCCGCUAGCGCCGCUCGACGAUUAUGAACCGUUAACGCCGGGACAUUUUUUGAUCGGCGGUGCAUUAACCGCUCGCCCUGAACCGUCUACGCUCAAUCUUAAAGAAAGUCGCCUCACGCGAUGGCAGCUCGUUCGCCAGAUGACGGAACAAUUUUGGAAAAUCUGGCAGAGUGAUUAUGUUAAUACUCUCCAGCAGAGAACUAAGUGGAGACGCCGACUUCAAACCGAUGUUCGCGUUGGGCAGCUAGUCUUGCUUAGAAACUCGCUUCUUCCGCCGUGCAAAUGGGAAUUGGGCCGUAUAAUAAUGUGUCAUCCUGGCUCCGACGGGCUCUCGCCAGUCGUCACCGUAAAAACAGCUAGGUCGGAAUACAAGCGUCCGCUGAGUAAACUUUGUUUUCUGCCGAUCGACAUUGAGCAACAAUCGAACACCGACGGCGAGCCUCCGAAAUAG